UUCCACUGUCAGAUAGUCAGUUUAGUAGGCUAGUGUCGGAAAUAAGAUGGGAAACAACCAGUUUUCAAAAAAAAUUUGAUAUUCUUUAUUAUUCAAAGGGAUACUUUAGUGGAGCAGCUUCGCUUUUACAGGAAUUCAAAUCAGCCCCAGAUAGAAUCAAAGUUAUAAGAGCCUUAGAAAAACGUCUGUGCUGCAUGAGUUGUGCUGAAGCUCGGGAAAUAAUAAAUUGCAUACCGGUCACACAGGCCGGUAGACUUGUAGCGCUAGAAUGUGUAAAAGGGUCUUUAGUUGACCACCAGACGCUAGAGGGAAUCGAAUAUAUUCUUAGUGCAUUUGUUUUUGAUAAGGACAAGAUACGUGCGGUUAAUAUACUAACUACAAUAAGCACUCAUGUUGUAAAUGAAUUGGCUUCGGGAGGUCAUCAGGGAUAUGCCCCUCUUGGAGGUUUAUAUACCCAGAGCUUUCCUCUCAAAGAGCAUUCUUAUGGUUCGUUAAGGGAUCAGAUGACUAUCAACGAGCCUAUCCUAAUGCUUUACUAA